AUGGCAGGCCAAAAGACAGCCAUCCUAUCGGUCUACGACAAGACAGGUCUGCUUGACCUGGCUAAAGGACUGCACGAAUGCGGUGUCAGGCUACUCGCUUCUGGUGGUACGGCGAAGAUGAUCCGUCAAGCCAACUUCCCUGUCGAGGAUGUCUCUGCCAUCACCAAGGCACCAGAAAUGCUCGGUGGUCGCGUCAAGACCCUACACCCAGCUGUGCAUGGAGGCAUUCUUGCGCGCAAUCUCGACUCGGACGACUCGGACCUCUCAGCGAACAGCAUUGACAAAAUCGACUUUGUUGUCUGCAACUUAUACCCCUUCUCCGAAACCGUCGCCAGGAUCAACGUUACCAUCCCAGAGGCUGUCGAGGAGAUUGACAUCGGAGGUGUCACGCUCCUCAGGGCCGCAGCGAAGAACCAUGCGCGUGUCACAAUCAUCAGCGAUCCGAACGAUUACCAUGAUCUCCUCACCGAGCUUAAGAAGGACGGCGAGGUCUCAGAGCAGAGCAAGCAGCGAUACGCGCUGAAGGCUUUCGAGCAGACUGCAGCAUACGAUAGCGCGAUAUCGGAGUUCUUCAGGAAGAAGUACGCAGGAGAUGGCAACCAGUUUCUGCCCCUUCGAUACGGCGCAAACCCCCAUCAGAAGCCCGCGACCGUCGCGAUGCCAGAAAAGCCACUGCCCUUCAAGGUUCUAGGAGGUGCACCGGGAUACAUCAACCUCCUGGAUGCGCUCAACGCGUGGCCUUUGGUGCAGGAGCUUUCUCAGGCGCUCAACUACCCCGCCGCAGCAAGCUUCAAGCACGUGUCGCCUGCCGGUGCCGCUAUCGGUGUGCCUCUGAGCGAGGGUGAACGCAAGGUGUACAUGGUUGAUGAUAUUGAAGGCAUCGAGAACUCUGGCCUCGCCCAGGCAUAUGCUAGGGCACGAGGUGCGGACAGGAUGUCAAGUUUCGGCGACAUGAUUGCACUAUCGCACGAGGUCGAUCUACCCACUGCAAAGAUCAUCAGCCGUGAAGUGUCAGACGGUGUCAUUGCACCAAGCUACUCUGCUGAGGCGCUUGACAUUCUCAAGAAGAAGAAGGGCGGAAAAUACCUUGUGCUUCAGAUGGAUCCCGAAUACGUACCCGCGACCGAGGAAACAAGGACGGUCUUCGGCAUCACCCUCAAGCAACACCGUAACGACGCGAAGAUUGUGCCUUCUGACACAUUCAACCACGUCAUCGUACCCAAGAACUCAGGCACUCUGCCAGAGUCAGCUCAGCGAGACUUGACAGUUGCCACCAUUGCGCUCAAGUACACUCAGUCAAACAGUGUCUGCUACGCGCUCAACGGGCAGAUCAUCGGUCUUGGUGCAGGCCAGCAGUCCCGCAUUCACUGCACGCGUCUCGCGGGUGACAAGGCAGACAACUGGUGGAUGCGCUUCCACUCCCGCACACUCGGCUUGAACUUCAAAAAGGGCACAAAGCGCCCGUCAAAAUCCAAUGCCAUCGAUCUCCUCUGUUCCGGCCUUGUUCCUGAGGAGGGUAUCGAGCGCGAAGACUUUGAGUCACACUUUGAAGAAGGCCAGGUACCACAGCCUUUCUCUGCUGAAGAGCGCAAAGAGUGGCUGUCAAAGUUGAAGGGUGUCGCUGUCAGCUCCGACGCGUUCUUCCCCUUCAUCGACAACGUUUUCAGGGCGCAGAGGAGCGGUGCAGCAUACAUUGCAGCGCCGACAGGAAGUCAAAACGAUGGUGCCGUCUUUGAGACUGCGGAGAAGCUGGGUAUCACGUUUGUUGAGCAGCACAUUAGGCUGUUCCACCACUGAGCAAUGAGCGAGGUGGAGGGCGACGAUUGAUGGUCAUGACUUUCAUGAACAACAAGUCUUAGGUAGACUGGAUUUGGGGGUUUCUGGGUUGAAGUAAAUACCAAACAUUGAGAAUGCAUCUGAAACUCGACUGCACUGCU